AUGAAGCCGUCUAUCCUAUUUUGUUUCAUCGGACUAGGUGCUGCUUUACAUCUAGUUUCACCUCGCCUGACAAAAAAGUUCGAGCUCAAUCUAACUUGGGGCACCAAGGCGCCCGAUGGAGUUGAGCGUCAACAAGCCUUGAUCAAUGGCCAAUUCCCUGGGCCGCCUCUCAUCUUUGAUGAGGGCGACGAUGUGGAGAUAACAGUGAACAAUUUCCUGCCAUAUAACACCACAAUGCAUUGGCAUGGCAUUGAGCAACAAGGAACAUCAUGGUCAGAUGGUGUGCCUGGAGUCUCGCAAAGACUUAUUGCCCCUGGCGGAAAAUUUAUUUCCAAAUUCACUGCUUCACAAUACGGAACAUACUGGCCGCGAGACAUUACCACAAACUUGGCUAGCAUGAUAUCAAAUGACACACGAGCACAUUCUCAAAUCAACAACGCCAUUCGAGAUCCCAAAUUGCUGAUGAUUUCCGAUUGGUAUCACAAUACAGCAGAAGAGCUCCGGGAUAUUGCAGUUUCUGCAAACCUUGAUACACUAUGUGCAGAUUCUAUCUUGAUCAAUGGCAAAGGUAGAGUGCGCUGCGUCGACCCUGCCUAUUCGACCAGUCUGAUUCCUGCCCCAUUGGCUCCCCUACUCCAGGGCAUGAACUACACAGCAAAAGGAUGUCUGCCAGUUAAAAAUACCUUUGCUCAAACAACAUUUUCGCGGCAUAACUACACCGCAAUCCCAGCAUCCAUGUUUGACCAAUGCAAUGCCACAGAGUCCAAGGAGGAAGUAGUCAAAGUUGAUCCUUGGAAGGCCUGGGUAAGCCUCAAUCUCAUCGGUUCGGCAUCGGUCUCCGUCCCAACAGUCUCUAUCAAUAAUCAUUCUCUUUGGGUAUAUGAAGUCGAUGGUCGAUACAUUGUACCCACCAAAGUUGAUGCACUGACACUCAGUAACGGUGGUCGCUACUCUGUUCUAGUUCAAUUGAAUAACACACCAGGCAACUACCUGAUCACAGCAGCGAAUGCAGGACUCAAUCAAAAAGUUGCCGGAUACGGCACUUUCUCCUAUGUCAACGGUGACCCCUCCGUCGUGGGAACACCCUCAAUCAACUACGGUGGAAACAGCAUGAGUACAGAUGUUGUUGUCCUAGACGAAAAUAAUAUUAGGCCACUUAUCCCAAGUCGACCUAGUGCACAAGCGGACCAAACCUACCUGCUCACCGUUGGCCGUAUUGAGAAAGCCUGGAAAUGGUCUCUCAAUGGAGAUCAUUCGUACGGUCUGUCUCUGGAGUCUGAGAAGCCGAUGCUAUGGGACCCUCAAUCAUACGCAGACAGUGACCUGGUUAUCGCUACAAACAACGACACCUGGGUGGAUAUUGUUUUCGCGGUUUCUGGUAAUGCAUCGACUCUCCAACCUGGUCAUCCGAUUCACAAGCACUCAAACAUGGUUUAUGUCCUGGGUGUCGGCAUGGGCGAGUUCAAGUGGGCUUCUGUCGCAGAGGCUCAACAGGAAAUCCCAGAGAUGUUUAACCUGGUCGACCCUCCGAUGAGAGAUACCUUCACAACGCUUCCUGCCUUGCAAGGUCCAAGCUGGUUGGCAGUUCGCUAUCAUGUGCAAAAUCCUGGGGCCUUCUUCCUCCAUUGCCAUAUCGAUCCGCACCUCACUGGAGGGAUGGCGUAA